AUGCUUUCUUCGCGCGUGGCAACCAUCGCCGCCUUUCUGGGGGCUGUGGCUUGCAUUGCAGGGACCACUUCUGCAGCUGCUUGCCCUCCUACCGCCAAGCUGAGCACCGGCACCUAUUAUGGCGUCCAGAGCACCGAGUAUGCUCAAGACAAGUUCCUCGGCAUCCCAUACGCUCAACCUCCAGUCGGCCGUCUCCGGUUUGCCUCACCAGAGCCUCUGACGGAGUCGUUUGGACAGCGCAAUGCCACCAAUUUCGGCUGGAUGUGCAUCGGCUAUGGAUCAGACACGGCCAAUCUGGGCAAUCCGGUUAACGAGGAUUGUUUGACACUCAACGUUGUUCGUCCUCGGGGCGUCAAGGCUGGUGACAACCUCCCUGUGGGUGUCUGGGUACAUGGCGGCAGCUAUGUUAUGGGCGGUUCCCGUGACCCCAGAUACGAUCUCGGUGCCAUCGUCGAGCAGUCUGUCAAGGAGCAGAAGCCGAUCGUCGCCGUGUCCAUCAACUACCGUCUGCAAAACUGGGGCUUCCUCUUCAGCAAAGAGAUGCAGAAUGCCCGAGCUGGCAACAUCGCAUUCAAAGAUCAACGCAUGGUUCUUCAAUGGCUUCAAGACAACAUCGCCUCUUUUGGCGGCAACCCCUCCAAGGUCACCAUCUGGGGAGAGUCCGCUGGCGCCCGGUCCCUGGGCAUGCAGCUUGUGGCCCACGACGGUCAGCAUGGCAACCUGUUUCAAAGCGCUAUUCUUGAGAGUGGUAGCCCGAUAGCCAUUUUCAACAAUGCCACCGGCUGGCAGCCGUACUUUGAUGCUCUUGUCGCGAAGACCGGCUGCUCCGACGCGGGCGACCGGCUGAACUGCCUGAGAGAUCUGCCCUGGCAAACCCUGAACGCCAUUUUCAAUGGCUCCAACCCCCUGAGCGUCACAGCACCUACCCUCGGCGCCGUCAUUGACGGUGACUUUAUAACUGCUCAGGCCUCAGCCCUUCUGAAGCAGGGCAAGUUCGCCCACGUUCCCCUCUUGACCGGCAACAACUUUGACGAGGGUACGGCGUACGCCAAGCAGGGCAUCAGCACCGACGCCCAGUGGACAGCAUGGCUCAGCGGUCUUGGGCUCUCUGCCACCCAGAUCCACCAACUCUCGACGCUCUACCCUGAUGACCCCGCCGUUGGCAUCCCCGCAUCAUAUGAAGGCCGACCUCCGGCUUCUCCGUACGGCCUCCAGUUCAAGCGCGUCGCCGCACUUGCUGGAGACUACCAGCAGCACAGCGGCAGGAGGAGCCUGGUUGAGACAUAUGCGGCUGCUGGUCUUCCCGUCUACUCUUACCUCUGGAAUGUCAUCGUUAAUGGCCUUCCCAACCCCAUUUACGGCGCAACUCACUUCCAGGAGGUCGCAUUCGUCUUCAACAACGUGAACGGUCGCGGCUAUUCUGCCAAUCCCUUCGAGGGUAAGCCUGAGACUUACAUCCAGCUUGCGGAUCUUAUGAGCAGGAUGUGGGUUAGGUUCAUGAGCGAUGCCAACCCCAACAUCGACGGCACCGAGUGGCCGCAGUACACGAGCUCCAACCCCGAGAACUUGGUGUUUGAUACGAACAAGACAAAUCUACGCUACACCGCCACGGACGAUUACAGAAAGGCACAGAUCAGAUAUCUGCUUGACAGUGUGUUUGUAUAA